AUGCGGGAUGCGUGCGGUAACAAUUCUGCAUUAGCACGCUUUCUCCGAUUUUACCCAAGCUACAUGAACGUUGGGAGGCACAAGCAGAGGGGAAAACCGUUUUGCCGAAGCCAUAUGGUGAGGGUUGAUCUGAACACACAGUGUGGUCAGAUAAUGGCUGGCUAUCACGCUCACCCGACUGGAAAUUCGGCCACUCCCAUAGCCUCCAGAGUGACUGCCAUUGCUUGUAGGGUCCGGAUACGGCACCAUGGAAGACCCGAGGGUUGGCAUGAAACUUGGGGCCCGCCAACAAUAGAGAGUCCCAUAGUGAGUUCACCAAGGCUGGUGGUAGCUGAUCUGACGAAAGACCUGAUCUAA